GUUUAGCCCUUUUUGAAUGUAAGUCUUUUUGUAGUGAGUGAUUGCCUGAGUAAUAGCACUAACACAUUUAUUUUCUCCAAAUUCUAUUAAUUUUUCAAUACACCACACAGUGUGCUUUAACCAACUCUAAAUAAUUCAUGUCCUUUUUGUGUUUUGUGGUGGUAUCUAAUAAAGGUCCUAACACCCUUACAACAAUCACUGGCUAUCUUUUAUCUUCUUUUUCCACUUUAUACAAUACUAAACCUUAAGAAAAUUGACAAUAAUUCUAUCAGAAAUUCUGAAAUUAUUCACUGUGAAAGAAAUUUAAGGGUCUUCUAUCAAUUCUGUUAUUGUGUUCUCACGCCACUUGCUUAAAUAAUAGAAUAGCCCUGUCCAUAGAUAAAGGUUUGGUAUGAUUAUCUCAUAAAUUGGCCAUACAGUAACCAAUAGGAAGAAUUGUCCAUUAUGUAUAAGGUACUAUUUAUCAAGGAAUGGAUAAUAUAACAAGAAUCUCCAAAGUUUUAAUUAUCCAAUUAGGCAGUUGUUUAUUAGGUUAUCCAGUUUGAUGUUAGACUGAACUAAUCAUGAAUAUGAACAUGGACAUGGGAUAUGGAACAGCAUUUAAUCCAGCCAUGGGCUAUAAUCCAGGAUAUCUACCUCCUCCAUAUAACCAGUAUCCAUACCCUAAAGAAGGUCAUGAUCUUGAUGGUGAAGAAAGAGAGUCAAGGGAUGAUGUUCUCAGAGAGCAGGAUCGAUUUCUCCCAAUUGCAAAUGUUGCAAGAAUAAUGAAAAAGUCAAUCCCUGAAACAGGAAAAAUUGCUAAAGAUGCCAAAGAGUGUGUUCAAGAAUGUGUAUCAGAGUUUAUUAGUUUUAUAACUAGCGAAGCAAGUGAAAGAUGUCAUCAAGAGAAAAGAAAAACCAUCAAUGGUGAAGAUAUCUUGUUUGCUAUGCAAACAUUAGGAUUUGACAACUAUGUAGAGCCACUUAAGUUAUAUCUACAGAAAUAUAGAGAGUCUAUAAAAGGAGAGAAAACAUCGAUGCCCACAACAACAGAAGGAAGAGAAGAUAUUGAAGAAGAUGACCACAGUUUACAACAAUUUCAAGUUGCCCACAUUCACCCGUCAAUGAUUACAACAGACCAGACAUCGACAACUAUUUACACUCAAGCUUACCAGCCUACUAUGCAACAGCCGCUACAAUUCCAGUAGCAAAAAGAAAACACGAUCACGUGAAUCAACAUCAGAAGAAGAGCUCACUACUAGUCUAUCAUCGGUUGUAUAUAAUAUCAAACUAAAGAAGCACCAAUCUUUUAUACUAUGCGCUGUUAGCUACCCAAGAUGCAUCAGCACACAUUUGACUUGUUGGAAGUAUGGUCUUCCUGUGUGUUACCCUGAGUAACCUUGAAAACUUGUAAUCUAUUAUAAUACUAGUGUCAGUCAAGGUUUGGCAAAUAGUGUUGUGCAUUCUUGGGUUCCAUGUUGGAGCUUAGUAUUUUGGCUCUUCGUGCGUCUGUCCACUGAAGGAAAGGACUUUGUUGGCAUUAUGCAAUUUACCAAUCUGCAUUACUUAAUCCAAAGCAAUGCCCUUCCAGUAACCGCAAAGUUAAUGUAGGAAGGGAAGCAAGGACUAGAAAUUGAGCAAAGUUUUGAAGGAAGCCAAAAGUCCGCAAGGCAUUAAUGAUGGAAAAAUCGCAAAGCAUUGCUGAGAAUGUGCAUGUUCGAAAAACAUUACCGGGAUUGYUGUAUCAACUAUCAUGGACUUCUUAUUAGAUAAACAAAAUAACCGACUAAAGUUCUCAAARUUGAUUUCCUGUAUUAGCCAGCCAAGAACGAUGUAGCGACCCUCAUCAGUCUAUGGACUGAUCUUAAAUAUCAGCUAAAUAAUAAUACAUGUWGUUAUAGAAAUAGUAUGCCCGUUAAAUCUGAAUAGGGUCAACUUGCUGAAGAACAAAACAAACGGUACGAGAUAUUCAAACUCCUUUAACUUUAAAGAUGUCAUUGUUGGUCAAUCAUGAACUGUAUACUUUGUGUGAAUUUUUAUUUAUAUAAGAAUGUUUUCCACGUUGACAAAAUCAAUAUAUUAAAUAUCAUGUAAACCAGUUAUCAAUAUUAUUCAUACCAUUUUCCUGCCGCA